AUGGCGCCGCACCGAGAGCAGGAAAUGGAAAAAAAAACAAAGUCGUUGACUGGUGAGAAAGUCAGCACCGGGGUUGGAGCUGACGUACCCUCUGAUAGUGACGUCAACAACAGGGACGGAGCUGACGUACCCUCUGAUAGUGACGUCAGCAACAGGGACGGAGCUGACGUACCCUCUGAUAGUGACGUCAACAACAGGGACGGAGCUGAUGUACCCUCUGAUAGUGACGUCAACAACAGGGACGGAGCUGAUGUACCCUCUGAUAGUGACGUCAACAACAGGGACGGAGCUGACGUACCCUCUGAUAGUGACGUCAACAACAGGGACGGAGCUGACGUAUCCUCUGAUAGUGACGUCAACAACAGGGACGGAGUUGACGUACCCUCUGAUAGUGACGUCAACAACAGGGACGGAGUUGACGUACCCUCUGAUAGUGACGUCAACAACUGGGACGGAGCUGACGUACCCUCUGAUCGUGACGUCAGCAACAGGGACGGAGCUGAUGUACCUCCGAUAGUGACGUCAGCACCAUAG